CUCGUCGAUCUCUCUAACCUUUGUCACAGCAUAGUCAUGGCGGCGACGGGCAAAACCAGCAGCACGGUGGUUGCAAUGUCCACCCUGGCUCUAGCGGCGAGCCUCGUCCUCCUCCUCGCCGUCUCCACAGAGGCGGCCUGCCCCAGCAAGAGCAAACCAACGCCGAGCGCACCGAUGGUGACGGGCGGGAGCGGGAGCGGGAGCGGCGGAGGUAAGUGCCCGGUGGACGCGCUGAAGCUGGGGGUGUGCGCGGACGUGCUGGGCCUAGGCGACGGGCUGACGAACCUGAUGGCAGGCUCCUGGUCGACGGCGUCGUCGGGGAAGAAGCCGUGCUGCGAGCUCGUCGACGGCCUCGCCGACCUGGACGCCGCCGUCUGCCUUUGCACCGCCAUCAAGGCCAACGUGCUGGGCGUCGUCGACGUCGGCCUGCCCCUCCAGCUCGGCCUCCUCGUCAACCACUGCGGCAGGAAGCUCCCGGCUGGCUUCCAGUGCCCUAACUGAUCAACCGAGUCCGUACGCACGCACGCACGAAUGGAACGUUGUUAAUUUGCUUGCUAGGAGUGAUACGUGCUGAGCGCGAAUUUUAAUUUUCUCUGUCUGUGUACUGGUCCUUUAAUGUUAAGUCGUGUUGUAACUGUUGACGUAUAAUGUGCUGCCUAGUCUCUUUCAUCAGAUUGGUCUUUUGGUUGCAUUAGCUAGAGCAUGCACUUCUACAUUGUAUCAGAGCCAAGAUGUCUUUGCACUUCUACAGUAAUCGUAAUGACAUGU